AUGGAUGAUCAAGAACUACCUGACAUCAUUAUUCCAAAUCCUCUACCUAUGAAAGCUCGUGAAGACCUGAUGGAGAAAAUUGUGAGCGUAGUCGUUCCACACCCCAACAUCAAUGCCAAUUAUGAUGCUAGGAUGAUAGAGCUCAAAGAAUAUGUGAAGUAUCUGGAGAAGAAGGCGUUCGAAAGAGCACAUUCUAGAGAUGAGUAUUAUGCGAUGCUGGCAAGACUCAUGUACCGAAUGCAGAAACUUCUGGAAAUGCGACCGAGAAGAGCCGACAGCAAUGAUCCAUAUGGCGACAUCCCUUUGUCCCACGAACUCGCUGAUUUCAUGGGUCUCACACAAGAAGAGCUUGAGGAAUUUGAUGAAGAGCAGAACCCGCAAGGUCCAUCGGCAGCUGAUGAAGCUAUAGCAAAAUCAACAAUCACCCCAAAACUUCGUCGGACUGUUGUGGAUAAACUGGGCUCGAUGCUAUUCCCACCACCAGAUCCAUUUGCCUACCUGGAAGGUCGUAUGGACUCCAUAACAAGGAAGCUGGAGAAAAUUGAAGCGAAGGCAUACAAAGAAUGUGAUGAUCGGGACGAAUAUUAUAAUAUGGUAUCUCUACGUGCUUAUCGUCUUCAGAAGGAGUACAAAAAAUCAGGAAAAUCAUAUUUGGAUCGUAUAGUCCGGUAUCCAGUUCUUGUCAUUCGCACUGAAGUCGUUGAAUGA